AUGAACCAAAUUGCUUUGCGAAAAACACGAGCAUUCUUUUUUGUUUUUAUAAUUUGCAUAAUAUUCAUAAUAUAUGUGUCAAAACGAAAUGUGGAGACUGACGUAGUGUAUUCCAGCCAAAUUUAUCGUCAUGUUAAUCACCACGAAUCAAAUAUAUCCUCUGAGGAUAUUCAGAUAGUCAUAGUGAUAGAAGCUACAACGUAUUUAGAUACAUACAAACAUGCUUUAGACACCGUCAAAUGCUAUAGCGCCAUUCAUGGAUACAAGUUGCAGAUUGUGCCCGACAAUAUAUACCAAGGCAACUGCACCCACAAAGACAAAUUUUUUCGAAGGCACUGUGUAGUAGCUCACCUAUUAGAGAAUGCUGAGUAUACGCUCUUCUUAGACGCUGAUAUCGGCGUAGUUAAUCCUAGGAAGAAGAUACAGGAUUUCAUAUGCAAAGAUGUUGAAAUAGUCUUCUAUGAUCGGUUUUACAAUCAAGAAGUCAUGGCAGGCUCAUAUCUGGUGAAAAAUAGUGACUGGUCUUUUAACUUUCUAAAAGGAUUUGCUGACUAUGAGUUCCGAUUGCCAAAAAGUUUCCAUGGAACAGAUAAUGGUGCUUUACACGCUUAUCUAGCCGAAGUAAUCCUACCAGGAAGAUCAUACGAAUACUAUUUAUGUAUGGAACUUUACAAAAUAUCAAAGGAUUAUGCAGACUUAUUUGCUUAUGAAGCAUGCAUACGAUCUGUAUUGGGAAGCCAUGAGAGCUUUGGACCAAUCAAAAUCCUGGAAAAGGGUACGGCUUGGACGAGAGACAACUGGCUAACCAACAGUAAAUGGAAUCCUCAUAGUGACUUCAUGAUCCACGGUUGGAAACUCAAUCAACUAAUGGAUUUGAGUAAAGAGCAUAUGCCUCUUAGCAUACAAGAAAAGUCGAGAAGUACAUGGUUCAAUCCACUACAGGGAUCUAUACAAUUGAAUUUGUGCACUUCAAGCAAUUUGACCUGGUCAUAUAAUCCUAGGCUUCUAGCAACUACGGACGAAAUAGAAGACAAGCUGACCAUGUUCCGGCGCAGUGUUGAUAUGGACAAAUACAAACAUCAGAAUAAGGACUUGACUGGUAUGCCUAAGAUUGGUAGAGAAAAACUCGUUUGUCUUUCAAUAAUUUGCAUAAUAGUGUUCUAUUACUUCUCAUUACCAAAAUCGAUUUCUGAAAGAGCAUAUCUAAACCAAAUUUAUCGCUAUGCUAAUCAUAAGGAAUCAAAUGUAUCCUCUGAGGAUAUUCAGAUAGUCAUGGUCGUAGAGGCUAAAACAGAUUUAAAAAUAUACAAAUAUGCUUUGGACACUGUCAAGUGUUAUUGCGCCAUUCAUGGAUACAAGUUGGAAAUAGUUCCCGACAACAUGUUCGAAAACAACUGCACCCACAAAGACAAAUUCUUUCGAAGACACUGCGUAGUAGCUCAUCUCCUGAAGAAUGCUGAGUACACCUUAUUCUUAGACGCAGAUGUCGGCGUAGUUAAUCCUAGGAAGAAGAUACAGGAAUUCAUAGAUGAUCAAAGCCAUAUAAUCCAUUAUGACAGAUUCUUCAACCAUGAAAUCAGUGCAGGAGGAUACAUAGCAAAGAAUUCUCGAUGGACAUACAAGUACUUGACAGAGUUCGCCAAUUGGGAGUCGAAACUACCCAAUAGCUUUCAUGGCACGGAUAAUGGAGCUUUGCAUAUAUAUAUAGCACAGACGGUUUUCCCUCAACGAGAGUAUGAAUAUCAUCAUUGUGUGAGACUAUAUAAUCGUUCACGGAAUUUUGAAGACCUCUCUGUUUAUGAGGCUUGCAUCAGAUCAGUUCUUGGAGCACAAGAAAACUUUGGAAACAUCAAAAUUCUAGAAAAAGGUACAGGUUGGGCUCGAGACAAUUGGUUGACCAAUAGUAAGUGGAAUCCUGAGCGAGAUUUCAUGAUACAUGGUUGGAAGACUAAUCAGCUUGUCAAAUUAGGCAGAGCUUCACUACCAAUCUCAAUGGAUGCGAAACAUAGAAACACAUGGUUCAAUCCGCUAGACGGAAAGAUUGAACUGGAACUAUGCGCACCUGGAAACUUGACUUGGAAUUACGAUGAUCGUUUGAUAUCUUCGAGAGACAACAUCGAGGACAAGUUAACUCUCAUUCGUCGCCAAGUUGACGCGGAAAAAAUUCAACGGUUAGCUUCAAUAGCAGGAAGACUGGGCAUUGAAUAG